GUGACAGAAGGCGGCAGGGAGAGGUGUGUCCCCCCACCCACCACCCACCCCUGUUCCCGCUGUCCCCGCUGUCCCCGGGUGUGAGGAGGGUGCCCGCACCCCACGCCCGCCCCGGCCAUGGGGGGCUGGUCCCGCAGUGCCUGGAUUUUGCCCCUUUUUUUGGCUGGGCUCGUCCAGCCGGGGCAGGGCCAGGAGAAGGAAAAGGUGAAAUGCUACGACUCGGUGCAGGGCACCAUCUACGACUAUGGGGCUCUAACCCUGGAUGGGGACGAGUACAUCCCCUUUAAGAAUUAUGCAGGGAAGAUGGUGCUCUUCGUCAACGUGGCCACCUACUGAGGCCUCACCCUGCAGUAUGUUGAACUGAAUGCACUACAAAAUGAGCUGGGGCCCUACGGGCUUGUUGUCCUGGGCUUCCCCUCUAACCAAUUUGGGAAGCAGGAACCAGGCCAGAACUCGGAGAUCCUCCCUGCGCUCAAGUAUGUCCGUCCAGGGGGUGGAUUUGUUCCCAACUUCCAGCUCUUCCAAAAAGGGGACGUGAAUGGUGCCAAGGAGCAGAAAGUCUACACCUUCCUGAAGAACUCCUGUCCCCCAGUGGCAGAGGAGUUUGGGCUCUCCAAGAACCUCUUUUGGGAGCCUCUGCGGAACCAUGACAUCAAGUGGAACUUUGAGAAGUUCCUGGUGGGUCCUGAUGGUGUGCCUGUCAUGCGCUGGUACCACCGUGCCAACAUUGCUGUUGUGAAGAACGACAUCAUCACCUACAUGAGGGAAACGCGGGGAAUGCAAGUGCCAGACCCUGAAGAGGCAGCACCACCAGCCUAAAGGGUGGCUUCUUCCCCCUGCCUUCAUCCCCCCUGCCUGCUGCUCCUUAUCCUAACCCCUUUCCCAAACACAGAAGCCCUCUCCAUUGCUCCCAUCUCUAGCACCUCCUGGCCAGGAUGCUAGGCUGGGCAACUGGGUGGCAGAGACCUCAGCAAUGGAAGGGGGACAUUUCCCAAUAACCCUGUGUCCCACACCAGGCAGUGACAUCACCUACUAACCCCCAGCUUGUCCCCCUGCUCUGCUAUCCCCCUGUGCUGGGCAGUGGGAGGAUGCAGGGGCUGGCUGCCCUUGAAGAAGAUGACCACAUCUCCAUGAAGGUUUGGCCCGAAAGCUCCUGCUUUGGGGUGGGCCUGGCCUGAUCCUGCUGGGCAUGGAGCAGCUCUUCAGUGCAUUCAAGCUGCCCGUGGUCCUGGCAGAGAGACGUGCUCCUCUCCAGGUUGGGGGUGGCCAGCCUCUCAACCCUGCCAGAGAAAUGCCAAAUAAAGGCUCUUCAAACGCA